AUGGAACAAGGACAAAAGUUUACUAUUAGACAAUCGAGGGACUUGCUUAUCUCAUUGUUCCCAGAGUGUGAGACAAAGAUCAAGGCAGAUGUUGACUGCUUCCUCAAGUUUGGUCCAGAGCCAGAGAAGUUGACGGCCAACUGUGCCAAGGAGAACUGGGACUGCACCUUGUGUAUAUCUCUUUGUGAUGCUGCUAAGCCAUUGCAGAACUGUUUGCAAUCGAAUAACUAUCAGAAAUCAGCUUGUCAGAAUGAGAUCAACAAGUUCUUGACAGAGUGCAAGCCAGAGAAUUUGAAAGAAAAGAUUGAGAAGAGAGCUGCUGCUACUGCUGCUGGUAAACAGUAA